GCCAACCCCCAGCACACACCUCUUGGUGUCCCCAGGACUAUGCUCUUCAUCAUCGCCAUCGCCCUCAUAGCCAUCGCCUUCCUCCUCCUCACCUUCCACCUCUGUUACAAGUUCUGCCAGGACCCUGUGCCUCCCCUGGCCUACAGGAUGCCCCAGGGCCCCAUGCCCCUCCCAUCUGAUGGAGAGCCCCAGGGCACUGUGGCCCCCCCACUGGCACCGAUGCCCACACUCCCCAGUCUACCCAGUGGGGCCAUCCCAGUGGGGCUGGAGCCCCCACCCUACAGCGAGGUGACAGCGAAGCCCUUCCUGUACCCGCUGCCACCAGGGCCAUGCCCCGAAUGUGGCCAUGACCCCAGACCCCAGCUCCCCUUCGCCACCCAGACCUAGGGGUGACCCCCCUUCCUCAAGGACAACGUGGUGAC